CGGCAGGAGACCCGAGGGCCUCAGAAGAGAUCUGGGCCGGGACAGCUGAAGGGACCAGGAAGCUGAGAGAGAGGGGGCUCAGUCCUUGGUGCUUAAGCUAAAGCCCCCGGAGCUGCAGUUCCGCCGCCGCGGCUGACGGCGCCAUGCGGCUCCCUGACCUGACACCCUGGGCCUCCCUGGUGCUGGUGGACUUGGCCUUCCUCUGGUUACUUCAGGGGUCUCUGGGGACUGUGCUUCCUCGGGGGCUACCAGGACUAUGGCUGGAGGGGACUCUGCGACUUGGAGGGCUGUGGGGGCUGCUGAAGCUGAGAGGGGUGCUGGGAUAUGUGGGGACACUACUGCCCCCGCUCUGCCUGGUGACUCCCCUGUUUCUCUCCCUGAGAGCCCUGGUCUCCGGGGCCUUGAGUGCUCCUCCCAUCAGUGUGGCUUCAGCCCCUUGGAGCUGGCUGCUGUUGGGGUACGGGGCUGCAGGGCUAAGCUGGGCUGUGUGGGCUGUGCUGAGCCCUGCUGGAGCCCAGGAGAAGGAGCAGGGCCAGGAGAAGAGCAAAGCCUUGAUGUGGAGGUUGCUGCAGCUCUCCAGGCCAGAUGUGCCCUUCCUUGCUGCUGCCUUCUUCUUCCUUGCUGUUGCUGUUUUGGGUGAGACAUUAAUUCCUCACUAUUCUGGUCGUGUGAUUGACAUCCUGGGAGGUGAUUUUGACCCUGAUGCCUUUGCCAGUGCCAUCGGUUUCAUGUGCCUCUUUUCCUUUGGGAGGGAUACCAACCUGAUGAGUUCCUGGCUCCCUUUAAAUGCCAAUGUACUCUUGCGAAGCCUGGUGAAAGUGGUGGGACUCUACGCCUUCAUGCUCAACGUAUCGCCUCGACUCACCCUCCUCUCUCUGCUCCAUGUGCCACUCACAAUAGCAGCCGAGAAGGUGUAUAAUGCCCGCCAUCAGGCAGUGCUUCGGGAGAUCCAGGAUGCAGUGGCCAGGGCGGGGCAGGUGGUGCGGGAGGCUGUUGGAGGGCUGCAGACGGUGCGCAGUUUCGGGGCUGAGGAGCAUGAGGUCUGGCGCUACAAGGAGGCCCUGGAGCGAUGCCGGCAGCUGUGGUGGCGACGAGACCUGGAGCGAGCCCUGUACCUGCUCUUAAGGAGGCUGUUGCCCUUGGGCGGGCAGGUGCUGAUGCUGAGCUGUGGGUUGCAGGAGAUCAGGGCCCGUGAGAUGACCCAGGGCGGGCUGCUCUCCUUCCUCAUCUACCAGGAGGAAGUGGGAAAUUAUGUGCAUUCACUGGUGUACAUGUAUGGGGAUAUGCUAAGCAACGUGGGAGCUGCUGAGAAGGUCUUUUCUUACUUGGACCGUCAGCCAAAUCUGCCCUGCCCUGGGGAACUGGCCCCCACCACUCUGCAGGGGCUGGUGGAGUUCCAGGACGUCUCCUUUGCAUAUCCCAACCGCCCUGACCAGCCUGUGCUCAAGGGGCUGACAUUCACCCUACGUCCUGGUGAGGUGACAGCGCUGGUGGGACCCAAUGGGUCUGGGAAGAGCACGGUGGCUGCCCUGCUGCAGAAUCUGUACCAGCCCACCGGGGGACAGGUGCUGCUGGAUGAGAAGCCUGUCUGGCAAUAUGAGCACCGCUACCUGCACAGCCAGGUGGCUUCAGUUGGGCAGGAGCCUGUGUUGUUCUCUGGUUCUGUGAGGGACAACAUUACCUAUGGGCUGCAGAGCUGUGAGGAUGAUAAGGUGGCGGCUGCUGUCCAGGCUGCCCACGCAGAUGACUUCAUACAGGAAAUGAAGGAUGGAAUAUAUACAGACAUAGGGGAGAAGGGGAGCCAGCUGGCCGCAGGGCAGAAACAACGUCUGGCCAUUGCCCGGGCCCUCGUGCGGAACCCCCGGGUGCUCAUCCUGGAUGAGGCCACCAGUGCCUUGGAUGCGCAGUGUGAGCAGGCGCUGCAGGACUGGAACAGCCUCGGGGACCGCACAGUGCUGCUGAUCUCUCACCGGCGGGAGACGGUUCAGCGCGCCCACCGGAUCCUGUUGCUCCAUCAGGGCGAGCUUCGGGAGCUGGACCAGCUCAGGGAGGGGAAGGACCUCUAUUCCCGCCUGGUGUGCCAGUGGCUGGAGGACUGAGGCCCCAGGACACUGGGCCUUCUGAGGGCCAUCUCCAAGACCCAAAGCAGCUCCUCUUUUCAGUCUCCCUGGGUUGUGCCCUUGGGUAGUUAGUUGUCCUGAGCUGAAAGUGGGAUGGAGAUUUGGCGUACAAAUGUGCUUUAGAUGGGUGCAUGGGGGCUGGAGUGGAUGCUGUCUGUGUCCAGGAACCUUAGUUCCUGGGUGAAUGAGCUUUGCCUGGUGCUGAGCAGUGCCUUGUGGCAUGAUGAAUAUAUUUAAAAUAUUUUCCUUGCUACAUAAACGAUGGCACAUUUGUGUGAAAAAUUUAGACAAUGUAGAGAAGUACAAAGAAGAAAAGUAAAACUACCUAGUUUUUUAUUCCCUGGUGAUAACUAUAGUUACUUUUUGCUGGAUGAGGUAACUAUCCAUGAGUUGCCUUUCUGUAUCCUUCCCCGUUCUCACCAGUGUCUGAUAUUUUGGGGAAUCUUGGGUGUGGAGCGGCAGAGAACAGUUCCUUAAUAAAAAGCCAGUUAUAGAGUUUUAA